AUGGCCGACUUUCGCCCUACGCCCGACGAUGAUGCCUUGCCGCUCCCCCCGCAGCCGGGCAAUUCUUCCGAACGCCCAUCGUACGAUAAGCCAGCAAAGCAUGUCGCCGAGCUGGAUGCCCCGAUGGAUAACUCAUCAAGCAUAAAGAAGGGUCCCGAGGGUCCCCAGAGCCCUCCUGCUGCACCCGUUGCGCAGGCUCCCCUCAAGAGCCAAAAGGAGCAACCCCGGCCAGGUGCCGAUCCGGUGCUGGCGAAGCAGGUCAACGACGUCAUGGCUUCCGAGCUUGGUAUUCCCACUCUCUUAAGCCGCCUGAAGCAGAGCAUUGCCUCGGCCAAGCCCCAGGAGUUCGCCCUCUUCCUCAAGAAGCGAUCCGUCCUCGAAGACGAUCAUGCCCAGGGCCUCAAGAAGCUCUGCCGCCAAACCCAAGAAAGCGCCCGCCGUCCGGAGCAUCGUCAAGGCUCCUUUGGCAAGUCGUAUGACGAGAUGGUCACCAUCCACGAUCGCAUGGCCGAAAAUGGCCUCCAGUUUGCCGCCUCUCUUCAUCAGAUGCACGAGGAUCUCGUGGAGCUCGCCGGCGGGGCCGAACGAGGGCGCAAGAGCUGGAAGGCCACUGGCUUGGCCGCCGAGCAAAAGGUGUCCGAUCUCGAGCAGUCGAUGCGCAAGAGCAAGGCAAAGUACGACUCCCUCGCUGAGGAGUAUGACAGAGCGAGGACAGGCGAGGCGAGGCCCGGAGGCGGCAAGGUUCUCGGCGCCUUCAAGUCGCAUAAGUCUGCCGCCCAGCAGGAGGAGGACUUGCUCAAGAAGGUUCAGGCCGCCGAUCAAGUUUACCAGGGCCACGUCAACGCUCUGCAGACGGAAAAGGCGCACCUCCUCACCAGCGCUCGCCCCGAAGCCGUCAAGGCUCUCCAGGAGCUCAUCAACGAGACCGACUCUGGCGUGACUCUGCAGAUGCAAAAGUUUGCCGCCUUUAACGAAAAGCUGCUCUUGGGCAACGGCUUGAUCGUCAGCCCGUUUAAGAAGUCGGAAGCGGAUGUCCAAGGCCAGCCUCGGAGCCUGCGUCAGGCCGUCGCGGCCAUCGACAAUGCCAAGGACUUGAACGAGUUCAUGGCAUCUCAACACGGCAAUGUCAAACCCAACGUCGAGGUCAAAUACGAGCGUAACCCGCUGCUCAAACCACCAUCGUCAGGCAUGGCCCAAAUCCACCAACCCCUGAACAUGCAUCCGCCCAUGGGCCAGGCGGGAGGUCCGCAGGGAUUUCCUCAAGGAGGUCCCCAAGGAGGUCAACAAGGAGGUCAACAAGGAAAUUCUCAAGGAAGUCCGCAGGUUUCCGGCUUCUCGUCGCCGCCCGCAACUAGGGGCCAACGAAGCAGCAUUGGUAACUUUGGCGCAUUGGCUGGCUCCGGCGUAAACGCUGGAGCACCUCCUCCAAACGGCCCGCAGGAUCCGGCACGAUCGCCCCAGCUGCCUCACACGAGGAGCAUCAGCCAAGGCAACACACUGAACCAACAUGGCGCCUCGCAGCAGCAGUUCUCGCCCAGGAGCCCACCGCUACCUGGGUCUCCCCCGGCGACUGGCAAUGGACAUGUCGGCGCUCAGGGCCCGCCCCAGCUCGGUUCAUUGCCUUUCCAGCCUUCGCAGCUGCCCUCCCAGCAGGCCUCAAAUGGCCAGUCGGGCCCGCCGUCGCAGGUUUCCCCGGGAUAUAAAGCAGGUACCGGCCCGACACCCCCGUACGCCGCUUCUGCCCAGCCAUCUCAGAGUGUUGCGCCACCGUCGAAACCUGUCUAUGGAGUGCCACUGGCGCGCCUAUAUGAGCGGGACGGCCUGGCCGUUCCAAUGGUCGUCCAUCAAUGCAUCCAAGCCGUGGAUCUGUUCGGGCUUGGCCUCGAGGGCAUCUACCGCCAGUCUGGCUCGCUGACGCACAUCAACAAGCUGAAGGCCAUGUUCGACGCAGACUCUUCCAACGCUUCGCUUGACUUUAGAAACCCAGAAAACUUUUUCCAUGAUGUCAACAGCGUGACAGGCCUCCUGAAACAAUUCUUUCGCGAUCUGCCAGACCCUAUUCUUACCAUGGAGCAUCACGAUGCCUUGAUCGCCGCCGCGAAAAAGGAAGAUGACAUCGUUCGCCGCGACUCCCUCCACGCCAUCAUCAACGCCCUGCCUGACCCCAACUACGCCACCCUCCGAGCGCUUACGCUGCACCUCUACCGCGUCAUGGACAACUCACACGUCAAUCGGAUGAACUCGCACAAUCUGGCCGUCAUCUUUGGGCCGACCCUCAUGGGCACCGAUCCGAGCACCGCUAUCGCCGAUGCCGGCUGGCAGAUCAAGGUCAUCGCGACAAUCCUCCAAAACACAUACCAGAUCUUUGAUGAGGACUGA